GGCGAGGGGAGGGGUGGCGAAGGCGGCCUGGGAUGAACGCGGGACGCCGACGUCAGAGCACACUCGGCGGGGCCACGUAGCGGGCAGCUGAGGUCGCCGGUCGGUGGGCACCCUUCUGCAACGUCGCGGUUCAUCCAUCUCCGGGUCCCCCUGUUGGCUCUUACAAGCGGGAGAAGAGGUACAUUUGAGGCGGGAGGGAGGACCACUACACCCGGGAUUGGGAGCUACCCUGUCUUGCAUGAGCACCCGGAGGAUGUCGCGCCGCACGGAGGUGAUGCUCCGUUAAUGGCUCUUGAAGCACUGAUGGCAGUUCCAGGUGUCCUUUCUCCUUCACCUGCUCUUCACUUGGACCACUGCAGCGCUCUGCAGGGCUGCAGGAAGUGGAAGUGAACCUCCUCCAAGGGCUUUUAGCUUCAAGGACGUUUAUGGAGCCACAAUUGCAACAAAUUGUAUGUCUUUCCAACUUGGUUUCCCAUCCCGGACAGCAUGGAUGCUCUGUUUGAAUCCGGCUGACUGUCUCUCACCUCAUCCCCUCCUUUCCAAAGAGGGAGGGCGGGGGUCUGGUGCCGCACCCCCUGCCCUUCCUUCCUUGUAGGGCGCCUUCGUAAGGUAUUCCUUUCAGCAUUCCCUUUUCAUGAAAUCCUGCCAGAGCCUCAAGGAGGAGGUUUCCGUCCCUUGCCUGGGCGGGAUGUCACAGGAGGAGGGACGCAGCAGGGCGCAGGUGUCCCAGUCCUAUUAUCACCCUGCCAACCCGGAUGUGGACUUGACGGGUAAACUGUACAAGCGGGAGGGAGGCGGCAAGCCUUACUCCGUGUUAGUGGACAACAAAAUGGCCUCCAAGACAUCAGCGGAAGAGCUUAGCAUUGGCGCUCAGCAGCAGUAUUUCCGAGAGGGCGGGGCAGGGCAGGAAGUGCACACGCAUGGAUCACAGGAGGCCACCUCAGAGGAGACAGAGGAAGACGAUGACGAGGAAGAGGACGGCGAGGAGGGCGAAGAGGAGGGAGGAUUCAAGCGCGAGCAGAUCAUCGUGGAAGUCAACCUCAACAAUCAGACCCUCCAUGUGUCCAAAGGUGACAACAAAGGUGGAGGCGCAGGGGAUGACUCUGAGAGAGCUGGCAGUGAAGACGAGGACGACGAGGAGGAGGAGGAGGACGAUGAAGAAGACAGCCCCGAUGAGGAGGAUGAGGAUGAAGACGACGAGGAAGAGGAAAUUGAAAGUCGAAGAACCAGGUCAAAGAGAGCUCACAGAGGCGGCCCCGCUUCGGGCCAGCCGCAGAGGAAAAGCCUCCGCACGGCUCUGAGCUCGCCAUCCUCCGGGAUGACCACCAGGGGGCGGCGUAAGCACGCAGAGGCGCCCAAGAGCCAACGGAGAUCAGCCAGGUCGGCCCCGCCAUCAUCCGCCGGUGCCCCAGCGGGGGCCAAAGCUGAGGCGGAGGAGAAGGAGAUGCUGUCGUGCGAGAAGUGCCCGCGGGUGUUCAACACGCGCUGGUACCUGGAGAAGCACAUGAACGUCACGCACAGGAGGAUGCAGAUCUGCGACAAGUGCGGCAAGAAGUUUGUCCUGGAGAGCGAGCUGGCCUUGCACCAGCAGACCGACUGCGAGAAGAACAUCCAGUGUGUCUCCUGCAACAAGUCCUUCAAGAAGCUGUGGUCGCUGCACGAGCACAUCAAGAUUGUGCACGGCUACGCGGAGAAAAAGUUCUCGUGCGAGAUCUGUGAAAAGAAGUUCUACACCAUGGCUCACGUCCGCAAGCACAUGGUUGCUCACACCAAGGACAUGCCGUUCACCUGUGAGACUUGCGGCAAGUCCUUUAAACGCAGCAUGUCCCUCAAAGUCCACUCGCUCCAGCAUUCUGGGGAGAAGCCCUUCCGUUGUGAGAACUGUGACGAGCGGUUCCAAUACAAGUACCAGCUGCGCUCCCACAUGAGCAUUCACAUCGGACACAAGCAGUUCAUGUGCCAGUGGUGCGGCAAAGACUUCAACAUGAAACAGUAUUUUGACGAGCACAUGAAAACGCAUACAGGAGAGAAGCCUUUCAUCUGCGAGAUUUGCGGCAAGAGCUUCACCAGCCGGCCCAACAUGAAGCGCCACCGCCGCACCCACACGGGCGAGAAGCCGUACCCCUGCGAGGUGUGCGGCCAGCGCUUUCGCUUCUCCAACAUGCUCAAAGCGCACAAGGAGAAGUGCUUCCGGGUCACCAGCCCCGUGGUCUUGCAGACCAGCGGCCAGCCUGUGCCUGUGCCUGUCGGCAUCUUUGCCAACACCUUCUCCACCACCACCACCUCCUCGUCGUCUUCUGGCCCCGGGCCCUCCACGGCCACCCCGCCGACUGCCAACAAUGCAGCCCCCCUGGCACUCAGCUCACCGGGGGCGGCCAUGCCCCCUCAAGGCACUUUGGGACACACCUUCUCCCACGUGCAGAUCCACUCGGCAUCCUCUCACCACCACCCCCAGCAGCAGCACCUCUCAAACACGCCCCAACCCACCCUCCACACCCACCACCACCACCACCACCACCUGGCCGUACCCCCAGUCUCCCAUCUGCCCCCUCCCCCGGCCCUUUUUAAGAGUGAGCCCCUGAACCACUGCGGGCAUGAAGACAGCGCCUACCUGCACCACAUGGCCCCCACUGACAAGGGUCCCAGUGCUCCUCAACAUCACUGAACUACAAAGCACACCUACCCCACAAACCCCCCUCCUCCUUCCCUUAUGGGCACUGCCUCAGCCUCUUAGGUCGCAAACAUAAACACAUUCUUGGAUGGCACCCUCACAAGUGGACAGCUUGGUCCACAGAAAGGGGCGGUUUGAGCCACAUGUUUAGCAUUAUGUACACAAAUGUGUCUACAGUCAGUCCUUUGUUUACACAAACUGGAAUCUUCUGCAACUUUUCAGCAAGUAGAGCCAAGUUUCCACUAAGUGGUACGGUUCAGUUUGCUACGUUGCAUAUUGUGUGCCGUUUUGAUUCCCAAACAUCCCUUUUUGUCCAAGUAUUGAUGCGCAGAAAUAUAGUCUGGAUGACUUGUGAAGAGCGGGGUUUUACACACUGCUGUCCACUAAGCGGUCGACUACGAAUUGUCACUCUGAGGUGUCUACACAAGUUAUUGACAUAAGAACGGCAUUUUAUCCGCUUGUUUGUACAAGUGUUUUUGGAGAGUCAAAAUGCAACCCCUUUUAAAUCGACUGCGUGAUCGUUCUCGUCUAAACACUGAAAUGCGUUCGUCUCCACCAAUAAAUGAGAGCAGCAAAUACCGUCCCCAAAUAUCUACUUUUCAGCACCAUAUGUCAGGCAGUUGGUUGUAGAAAUAUGGUACGGUUGUGUAGGGCGGAGCUAAACUGCCAUCCAUUGAUUUGGCCAAUAGAAAAUUGUCACUUUGUGAUUGUAAAGGGUUGUUUAUUAUUAAAAAUAGUGUCAUUUUUGCAACCUGGAAAAAACAUAAGCGUUUUACGGCUUGAAAAUCAGCACGUCACACGCGUGCCCUCAGUUUGUUCCUUCAUUUUUUUGCACGUAGGAGCCCGUACGACUGGUCGUGACCUAGGCUUAACUGUACCGUGGCAAACUGGACUGAAGUGUGCCAUUCAGUGGGAACAUUGCUUAAUGAGCAUAGAAGCAGCAGGUAUUACUUGUCUCAUCAUUUUUGUUCGUGGUCCAAUCCGCCCUUCCAGCUGUCCAUUUGUGAUGAGGUCAUCCAUUGUUUCCCACCGGGGCGCAAACAUAAGGAUGCGCCGAUCAAACGGAUUCGAGUAAGUCAAGCUAAACGUACACAUUUUGUGUGCGUGAUCCUAGACUCGUAUUUUAGGACAAGCGACGCCGCUCAACUGACGUUAUCUUCACGGGAUGAUUCUUCUCCGGAUGGUUCUCCUCAGCAUUUACAAGUGAAAGAAUUAUUCUCUCUCUCUUAUCCAGUGGAUGACGGGUGGACUUUUUUUCUUCUUUUUUUUAUGACUGGAGGUCCCUCCCAUAGCAAUACCCAGCCGUGGCGCCAUGAAAUGUCCCAUGAAUGUUGACACUGGUUGGACCAGUCGUGCAAGAACACAGUGCCAUCUGUUAGUGUGAGAGAAAGGAGACGUUUUUUGGGUUUUUUUUUAUUUUAAAAGGAAAAGGUUUUGUACGUGAGAAUGUGAUGUAAAGGUGAUUUAACGGUGCUUUCCAUUCCACAAUUGCUUAGCUUUGCUUCAAAUUUUUGACAACACCGCCCCCUCCCCUCUAAUCCACAUGUGCAUCACGCAGUCUUGCUGGGCCUGAUUCCUCGAAGGAGAAGAAGAAACUCAGGUUUUGCAGGACUGUGCUGUGUCGCUUUUGAUACCGUGGGCGACUGUCCAAUACUGCCACUGUGAGGGUCCGCACACACGAGGGCCCCCCUGUCAGGAAGUAUCUUCCACCGCUGCUGUCACAGAUGAUACGGGUCACCAUGUUUAAGCUCAUUUAGCAUGCUCACUAUACACACACCUGACCACCUUUUGCCACCUGCAUAGUCCCACUCAUGGGGUUCAGUUUGCUGUGGUAAGACUCCGGAAGGUUGUUCUGGACCCUUUAGAUCCUCUUGGAUCCACACGGGCUUGUCUUAAUAGCCUGGUGAAUGUUGCCUACGCAAAAGGAUGUGUCUUUUUGGGGGAGGGGCUAACAAAGCCACACCCCCACAGUGGAGCUGUAUGGACGAGCAAGUCAAUCACAAGCGCAAAAAAAAUGUAUCAGCCGAUAAUGAGAAUGUCGUUUCUGACUGUUAUUUGAUGUGCAAAAAGAGCCCAAAGCCGCCAUUAGAUUUGUUGUCUCAGCAAUUCUAUAAAGACCAUAUAGAACUAGAACAUACUGUAGAACCAGAAUGUCACCCCUUUUACACAGCCAGCCCCCCGCCCCCAUCAUCACAAAUCUAACUGUCCGAUUCCAGGAUGCAGGCUUGAUAUGUUAAAGCACUCACAGGCCCCUCCCAGGUUUACUGUCCUGUAAGUCAAAUAUUCCACCUUAGGGGGUAGUAUCAGAGCCAGGAUGAUGCUUGUGUAAAGCAUGAAUGAAUGAAUGAGACAUGGGUGGGACGUUUAAUGUUUUCACACUUCAUUGCCUCGCCCUGUUGUGUUGAAAGCUGAUGAGUUAGCAGUUACAGUAUCUCACAAAAACGGCGUGCACCCUUCAAAAUUUGGCACUAAUUUCAGAUAUUGUGUGUACUCAUUUUCAGUGGUUAGCUGCAGUAUAAAAGCGGCACACUGACUAAAGUAGAGCUGCGACAACCGAUGAUUGAUUAUCCAAUGAAUUGACAACUAUUUUGGUCAUCUUUUUUUAUUUAAAAUUGUAAAUAUCCUCUGGUUUAUGAUCCAUGAAAGCAGUCUUUGUGUUUUAGGCACAACAAGAUAUUCCCACACAUCAGCCUUGACUUUGGAAAACAGUGAAGGACAUUUUUGCCUCUUUUCUGAUGUGUUACGGACCAAAUCACUCACUGUUUGUGUUUGGUUCAUAUUGAGCAGGUCUGUGUAGAGCCUCACCAAGGGGUCGGCAACCUUUAGCAUCAAAAGAGCCGUCUCCACCAAAUUAAAACCCGCUUGGAGCCACCAAACCUGUUUGACCGCUAAACUGUAGGUGACGCUGCAUAUAUAGUUUCCUUAAGCGUAUUGUCACCUUCCUUUUCUGGCUUGCUUGCGGAGUGACGAGACACAUCUAUUGCCACCCGGAAAUUACUCACGUUUCUUAAUAAAACCUUUUCCAUCGAUUUCUGAUCAACAUUGGCAAUAAAAGUGUUGUAACAACGAUUUAGUUCCAUUUCCAGUACCACUCUCCAUGCUGCUUUAGUUGCCAUUGUUCAUUAGCGACAAAGGAAGCUAACAAGCGAAUUAGUUGACCAGCAUCGUGGAUUCCCACCGAGUUGACUACCCACACAACACUGCCCCCUAGCACUUUGGUGGGGAAUUGCACGGCACGCUCAAACCCGAUGCAGAGCUUUGAAAGGCUCAAGACGGCGUCAGAAUUGACGGCGUAGUGACUAUGGCCCAGGUUUGCUUUCCAUGGCCUUGUCCCUUGAGGAAAUAAAAUGUAUAAAAAUUGCUUGCAGAAAUGGGAGGGGGUGGGCUCAUUUUUGAGUACGUGGUUGCUGUGUGAAAGGGAACACGGUGAUGAAAAUGAACAUGCCUUUUUGCUGCGUUUUGCAUAAAAGGCACAGUGUCGGAUAUUCAGCUAGUGCUGUUUUGCAAAAGAGGCUUAUGAUUCUGUGGGGUUUGGACGCUUCAGAAUGAAUUCUGCACCUUUUAUCCAGGUCCUCACCGAAACAAAAUGGCUCCUCCUCUAUCCCGUGCUACUAUUUGCUGUUUUACUUUACUACAUUGCAGUAACAAAGCUAGUGGUGGCCCAAGACUUCUCUUUGCACAGCACAGUACGUUUUUAUUUGUUUUGGAACAACAUUGAUGCGCACAUGUCCCAAAUACUUAUUAUACCAAAAGCUGCGUGCCCCUCACCCAAACCCCCUCCCGUCUUUCUCCAGUAUUCAGCCUGAAGUGGUUCAAAUGAGUAGUUUAGCACGUCUCCUGUCUGACGGAUGGAUUGGACCUGCAGUUAUUAAACCCGCUUCAAUGAUAGCUCGUCGUCCCACUUGCAGUAUGGCUCUUUGUCUCCUUUGAUGCCUGUUUUUUUUUUUUUGUGUAAUCUCUGCACUUUAGCGCUGCGUGGGCGAGGCGCAGGGAAGCGAUGGGUUGUGGAACAGAUUGCAGUCCAGGCUGCGUGAGGAAUGGUUGAAUUUGAGUGGAUGAUGUUUUGUUGGGUUUUUUUGUUUUAAAUAGGCAAGGAAAGGAGGAGAAUGCCGGGUUGAUGCGGGUGAUGUGGAAGGGACCAUUGCAAAACAAAACAAAAGACUUUUCUUUGAACAUGUGCAAAAGUCCAAAAAAGAAAUAUACUUGGGGACGGUUUUCCUCCCGCUUUGCCGACCACACACUUCGCCCUUCCGUGCUUUUAUCCGCAAUCGUUUUUAAAAAUUGUUUUUAUCUGCAUCAUGUUUGUUGACAUUGCCGGAUGAUACUCCUCCUUUCUUUGCUUCAUAGAAUGCACUUUCUACUAAAAUUCUUGGCUAGUUGCGAAAAAUAACAUUGUAUAUUCUAAGAUUCUAAGAUGUUUUAAAACAGAAAAAACAACAGAUAAAUCAUUAUUACACUUUGCCUCCCCUCCCCCCCCUCCCCCACUUUGUAUUUCUAACCACUUAAUGUAGCAUUAAUGUGUAUUUUAUUAUUAUUAUUAUUGUAUCUGGUACAAAAUGUGCAGCUUUAUAAGGUUUGUCUUUUCUUUUUGUAUGUUCUCUGGAGAUUUGAGAAGUGAAACGAAGUUGGGCCUUUUUUUUUGUUUGUUUUUUUUGAUAAUGUACAUUUAACUGACUGCUAACUUUAAGUAAAAACAAGUAGCCACGA